ACCCUAAUUUGGGCAGGGCGGCAACCGACGGCCAGGCGAGGCCCUCUCAUGGCCGCUCGCGCGCCCUACAAAACGCGGCGCCGCGCCACCCCACCCUCUCCCAGGCCUUGCAGAGAGCGACCGAGCCGCCCUCCCCCCACCGCCCCGCUCCCACCACCGGAAUAAACCGCGCCUCGCCGGCCGACCUCUCCUCCUCGACCGCCUAGCCGCUUGCUGUUUGUUUCUUUUGCGCAGGCCCCGUGCAACCGUCCCGUACCCGCGAGGAGAGGGAGGCAGAAGCCAUGGAGAUGAAGAAGAUCGCCUGCGCCGUGCUGAUCGCCCUGGUGGCCUCCGCCUCCCUGGUCGCGGCGACCGCCCCAGCCACCGAGGCGCCGGCCGAGUCCCCCGGCGCGGCCGCCGGCGCCACCGCCGGAGCAGCCGGAGCGACCGCCCCGGCCACCAGCGGCGCCUUCGCCGGCGCGCCCGGCGCCGCCGCGCUCCUCGUCUCCCUCGUCGCCUACUACCUGCACUGAGACGGGCCGGAGCUCGCGCUCCCACGUUCCCACGCGGCGCCACGCAGACGCGUCGGUUGAUUCAAUUUAAUUUAAUUCCAAUUCACCGAUCAACUAAUGACCACUCUAUGAUGAUUACACCACACAUUAUCUAUCGGUACUAUGUAACUGCGCUUGUAAUUCUUCUUUUCGGCCCGUUUGGUAAACUCAACCCAAUCCGCGUCUGUAACCCGUGGCUAAUGGCGCCGUGUUAUCAUUUCAUUCGAACAAUUGAAUGAUAUUUGCUGUGAUUCUAUUCUAUUCUA